AUGCACGAGCUCCAGUGCGUCGUGCAGACCUACGCCUGGGGAAAACUCGGCCUCGAGAGCUCCGUCGCGCAGCUGAAGGAAGCUGCCGACGCUUCGUUCACGGCCGAUCGCGAUACGCCGUAUGCCGAGCUGUGGAUGGGGACCCAUAGCAAUGGGCCGUCGCGCGUGUUGCGUGAAGGUAACAGCCACGCCUCGCCGCUGUUGAGCGAUUGGCUCCAGACACAACGAGGUGGCAAUGAGGCACGGGACCUGCCGUAUCUCUUCAAGGUGCUGUCGGUGCGCAAGGCGCUGUCCAUUCAGGCGCAUCCGGACGUGAAGCUCGCGGCAGAGUUGCACGCCAAGUUUCCCGAGAUCUACAAGGACGCCAACCACAAACCCGAGAUGAUCAUUGCUCUCACUCGCUUCGAGGCGCUUUGCCAGUUCCGUGACAUUGACGAGAUUGUAGCGCACCUCGAGACAGUGCCAGAGUUUCGAGCGCUGAUUGAUGCAGAGGUGACGCGGCAGUUGAUAGCACAGCAGAACGAAGCGUCGCUGCGCGUUUUCUUUCGCUCCUUCAUCUACGCCGAGCCGGUCAACAUUGCUGCUCAGUUGCGGGCACUGCGCGCACGGCUUGACGCCUCACCGGGCUCGACCGCAAUGGAGAAGAUGGUGCUUCGCUUGGACGAUGAACACCCUGGUGACAUUGGCUGCUUUUGCCCGUUUUUGCUCAACUACAUUGCGCUAGAGCCCGGCGAAGCCCUGUUCCUCCACGCGAACGAGCCCCAUGCGUACCUGUCGGGUGACUGCAUCGAGUGUAUGGCAUGCUCUGACAACGUCGUCCGUGCUGGACUGACUCCGAAGUUUAUGGACAAGGAGACGCUGCACUCGAUGCUGACGUACAACACGGGCAAGCCGCGCGUGUACAGGGGCGACGUCCAAGGUGCUGGUGUUGCACGGCUGUACAGCUCGCCAGCCCCCGAGUUUGAGGUCGAGACCGUUGAAUUGAAACCCCGCCAACGGUAUCGCCUACCAGCCCGUAAAGGUGACUCGAUUCUUCUGGUCACUUCAGGCAGUGGCUCAACGAUCGAUCCAUCUUGCACACCCGACGGCCAGCCGAUGUCGAAGGGCCAGGUGUACUUCCUCCCAAAGGAGCAGAUUUUGGAGAUCAUAGGCGAUGGCGAUGACGGUAUUAUAGUAUUUCGCGCGUCUCCAAACGAAAGCUUAUCUUCAACGUCGCGUGGCUGGAACGUCUCCGAUAAUUGA